ACUUUAAAAAAGUGACGAGUUCAAGGACUGUGACAUUUUCAGAAUUGAAAGCAAAAUCUAUGGUUACGCAUGGAUGAACAAAGCGGUAAUGAUUCACAUGCUGACUAUUGUAAGCAGGAAUCUUCUAUCCCAUCAUUUAUUUUUUCGUCUUACUGUCUACCUUUUGUCCUCAAGAAAAAAAAAAAAACCAACCAAAAUCUAGGCUAUGGCUAAGAAUUAUAAUCGAUGGAGGAAUUUUAUCCGUUCUAUUUAGGGGAGCACUGCAAUAAAAUAAACAGAAGAUUGCAUAUUCUAGGCACAACCAUAACGUACAUUCUGACUAUUCUGGCGAUAAAACGACAAAAAUUAAGAUUAUUGAUUAUUGGCAUUAUUCAAGCUUAUGCUUUCGCCUGGUUUGGCCACUUUGUUUUCGAGCAGAAUAAGCCUGCUACUUUUAGAUACCCUAUUUGGUCUUUUAGAGGAGACAUGAAAAUGUGGUUUGAGAUCAUGACAGGAAAGCGAGCACUUUAGGGCAUAUAGCAAAGACAUAAAUAGGUGCACCUUUAUUGAAUGCAUUUGGUAGUGAUU